CAUGAUCGCGUCCUCCGUCACAGCCGCCGCCGCCACCGCCGCCACGCCGCUAGUCCGCGAAGUGUGACGUCACGGGGCGCCGGCGCGAAAGCGUCAUAAAAGACGCGGCGGAGAGAGUCUGCCGUCAGUGCUUGUCUGGCUGGUGCACGGGGCGUCGAGAUGGUGCCUCUUCUCGUGUUGGUGGUGCUCACAGGACGAUGGCUGCCGGAGACGCAGGCGCUGCCCACUGGGCAGACAGGCCCACUGGGCAGACAGGGGCAGCCAGACGGACAGGACGCAAUGGCCGCCAAAGCCGUCGCUUCUGCCAGCAACGUUUUUGGAAUGGACCUCUAUGAGGCGGUGCGCGGCGGCGUGGGCGUGGGCGGGGCGAGCAACGUGGUGGUGUCGCCGCUGAGCGCGAGCGCGGCGCUGGCCCUGGCGCUGCAGGGCGCGCGCAACCGGACGGCGCAGCAGCUGGCGCGCGCGCUCCACGUGGCCGACGACGCCCCAGACGCCGCGCGGGGCUUCCGCGCGCUCCUCGCGCGCACCAAGGAGAGCGAGCAAGUGCGCCUGCGCAUGGCUAACAAGGUGUUCGCGGCGCGAACCUUCAGCGUAAGGGACGACUUCCGGCGCACGGCGCAGGAGGACUUCCGGGCGGACGCCGAGGCGGUGGACUUCCUGCAGGACAACGAGGGCGCGCGCCUGGCCGUCAACGCGUGGGUGGGCAACGCCACCGGCGGACUCAUCCCGGAGCUCUAUGCCAAAGGCACCUUGGAGCCGUCGACGCUGAUGCUGCUGGUGAACGCCAUCUUCUUCAAGGGCAACUGGGCGACGCCCUUCAAGGAGGAGAACACCAAGGAACGGCCCUUCCACGUGACGCCGUCGCAGCAGGUGCUGGUGCCCACGAUGCGCGACAUAGACAAUGAAACCAAACUACUCAUUUUCUUGCCGGACGAAGUGGAUGGAUUUCAGCAAUUGGAGAAUAACAUUCGUCUCAUAAACCUUGACGAAAUCAAAUUUGAUUCACUUGCAAUGGAAGUGCAGUUACCCAAGUUUAAAAUCACCACGAACCUACAACUGAAACCCGCUCUCAUGAAGCUUGGAGUCGACGACUUCUUCGACCGGCAGAAGGCGAACCUGACGGGCAUUUCGGACGAGAAAGGCCUCUUCGCAUCCAAGGUUUUGCACAGAGCGGUGAUCGAGGUGACAGAGAAAGGCACAGAAGCGGCGGCCGCCACAUCUGUUGAACUCACCAACAAAUUUGUACCUGACUUUCGCGUGAACCGGCCUUUCAUCUUUAUGCUGGUUGAUGCUUAUCAAACAGUUCUAUUCAUGGGAAGAGUGACGAAUCCUCUCGAAUAAUAAAUUAUUUAUUUUUUAAUGUAUCUACAUA